AUGAGUGAAGAUAUAACUCAGAAAAUUGAAAACGCUGCUGCUCAUAUUAGCGAUUAUAUUAAAGAAGGAAACUUCUUUAAUACAUUUGGAAUCGAAGAUAUCGAAAAGAUAAUGAAAAUAUCAAAUUUAACAGCAAAUGAGUUCGCAACUCUUGUUAGACAGUCACAUGAUGUUAUUAAGUCAAACGAAUUAUAUGUGUGUGCUCGAAAUGCUAACAUUUCUAUUCAAAACUUCGAAGAUGUUAUUUCAAUUCUGAAUUCAAUAAAAGAACACAUGAAUUUCGGAAUCCUUAAUGGAAUAGUUGACUUUUUAAAUCGCAACGCGAACGAGGUUGAAUCGCUUAAAUCCCAAAUCAUUCAAAUCAAAGAAGAAUACAAUAUGAAAGAAUAUCUACCAAAAAUUUUAGAACUAAAGAAAUCUAAUGAUUUUAAAAAGACUUAUGCUUUCUUAGAGGAACUUUCUACUCAAGGAAACAAACAAAUUUUCUCUAAAGCUUGUGAAGAAGGGCUGUGGCUCAAACAAAAGAAAGGAUUUUUGAAUCGUGAUGUAAGAAAUGUUUUUCACAUUGCAUGUGAAAGAGGAAAUCUCCAACUUGUUAAAUAUCUUAUCUCUGCUGGAGCUGAUAAAGACAAAAAGGAUAACAGUGAACAUUCUCCACUUCUUACAGCAGUCCAUUUCGAUCAUCGAGACAUUGUUCAAUAUCUUGUAUCUAUUGGAGCUGAUAAAGACGCUCCGGAUGAUUAUGGACAAACUCCACUCUUUUAUGCUUCACGUCAGGGUCAACUAGAAAUUCUUCAAUAUCUCAUCUCUGUUGGAGCUAAUUUAGAAGCAAAGGAUAAAAAUGACGAUACUCCGCUCUCAGUUGCAAAAAACGCAACUAUAAGAGAUUAUUUGGUUUCUGUUGGCGCCAAAUAA